GGAAACAGGCGAGAGAGUUAGUAUAGCGAGGCAACCUCUGUGUCGUCGAGUACUCGAACAAUUGGUUUGCAAAGCUGGCGAAGAUGCUGCGACUGAUCAUUCUGAAGCAUCAAAAACUCGGCGGGAAGAUCCCAAAGCCGUGCAAGCGCAAGAAAUACUCGUCCAUUGUGUCGUUUCGCGCGCCGAACGUAGUGGCCUGCACCCUGCCCGGUGGAUAUCGGUACCUGCACGUGCACAAACCUGGCAAGAUGGUGAAGAACAAAGCUUCUCAUCUGCACGACACUUCCGGCAUCGAAAUGGUCACUGGCAGCUGCGACUCCGAGAUCGGCUACUUCCGUCUGCGACUAAGUCGCUACGACACCGUGGAAUCGAUCACUUGUUUCGCCCGAAAGGACUUCGAGGUCUACCAGAUGAUCCAACUAUACGGGAAACACGAGAGUUUGUUAAACGAGUUGAAAACGCGGUUCCAAGAAUCCUUGAUCUCGGACUUUUUCGCGUACUUCCGGGAACCGUGGGCAACGGCACUCUUCCUCGACCGAUUCGACUGCCUCCGGAUGGAAAACCGUGCGACCCUGUCAUCGAAAACGGCGAUACCCGGCCAGUCGUUGAUCGAGGACUGUAUUCUCGCACUGAAGAACUCGAACUGGGGUUCGGUAAGUUAUCGAAAUCCCGUGGAUCCACUCACCUUCAGGAUCGAUCGCAAUAUCCAGAUGUCGGAGAAGGAUCGUGCUCGGAUCGUUGCAAAGUUCGCCGGCUCGGUGUACCACCAGGAGCUGGAGGAUAACCUGCUGGAGUUCCUGCAGUUCUGCGAGGAGGAUGCACCCGUCUACUGCACGCCUGGAAAGCUGCGGGAGAUGUACGCCGACAUGAGGGACAGUCCCUUGUUCGUGGAGCAGUGAUUUUGACCGUGUCACGCUUUCGCGAGCAACGAAAAUGCGAAAUAAAUCUCGACCACACGAUUCCCCCGUGAAUCUUUCCCCGAGAUUUCAAUGAC